CCGAAGCUGAGUUUCCGCGGGAUCGGGCAGGCUGGUGAGGGUACUGGGUCGUGUGCCCUGGGGCGGGAACAGGCAGGUGGGAGCUGGACGUCUGGGCGAAGGAUGUUCACGCUGAGGCUGUCGGGUCUGAGGGCCGGUGCGGGUGCAUGACAGAGGAUGGAACAGAAGUGGGACUUGCAAAAUGUUGCCUUGUAAGAAGAGAAGAACUACAUUGACAGAGUCCCCGCAGCAUCAGGGCAACCAGGAGGAAGAUGACUUAGACCUAGAGUCAGCUGUUAAACAAGAAUCUGACCAAGUUAAAGACCUGGGGUCAGUGUCACUUUCCUGGGGUCCAAGUCAUGGCAGAGCAGCUGGCCUCGAAGUGCAGUCUGUGCAGGAUGCAGGAAAUCAGCUUGGUAUGGAGGACCCAUCUUUGAGCUGUAGGAUGCUCACCCAGGACACAAAUGCACCAGUUCUAGAAGCUGUUGAUGUGGCCUUCUCUCAGGGAAUUACCCUACCUUCCUUGGAGUCUUCCCAGCCCCUAAAUAUACACAUCGAUAAAGGAAAACUCCAGGCCACUAGCUCAAGGAGAGGGAAGAAAAUUACACUCAGACCUGGGUUAGUUACCCAGGAAGACAGAGAUGAUCAUCCUAUCGAAAAGGAGCCUUUUUCGGGGGAGCCUAGUGAAGAAGUCAAGGAAGAAGGAGGAAAAUCUCAAAUGCAUUCUGGAGGGGAGAUGCCUUCAUUGCCAUCAGACAGCCACUCUGCGAAACCAGCAGUCCAGCCUAGGAAAUCAUCUCAGUCAGAUGUCUGUGUCUCUCCUCAAGAAAAGCCACUCAGGACUCUAGCUCACCAAGCUGAGGAAGAGAUAGAGGAUGGUGGACUCUUUAUUCCAAUGGAAGAGCAAGACAGUGAAGAAAAUGAGAAAAGGCGGAAAAAGAAAAAGGGUACCAAGAGGAAAAGAGAUGGAAAGGGUCAAGAAGAAGGGACUCUUGCUUGUGACCUGAAGCUGGAUGACAUGCUUGACCGCACCUUAGAGGAUGGCGCCAAGCAACACAACCUCACGGCAGUGAACGUGCGAAACAUCCUUCAUGAAGUAAUCACAAAUGAACAUGUGGUAGCUAUGAUGAAAGCAGCCAUCAGUGAGACGGAAGAUAUGCCAAUGUUUGAGCCCAAAAUGACACGCUCUAAACUGAAGGAAGUGGUGGAAAAAGGAGUGGUAAUUCCAACGUGGAAUAUUUCACCAAUUAAGAAGGCCAAUGAAAUUAAGCCUCCUCAGUUUGUGGAUAUCCACCUCGAAGACGAUGAUUCCUCAGAUGAAGAGUACCAGCCGGAUGAUGAAGAGGAAGAUGAGACUGCUGAAGAGAGUUUAUUGGAAAGUGAUGUUGAAAGCACUGCUUCAUCUCCACGUGGGGCAAAGAAAUCCAGAUUGAGGCAGUCUUCUGAGAUGACUGAAACGGAUGAGGAGAGUGGCAUAUUAUCAGAGGCUGAGAAAGUCACCACACCCACCAUCAGACACAUCAGUGCUGAGGUAGUGCCCAUGGGGCCUCCGCCCCCACCAAAGCCCAAACAGACCAGGGAUAGUACUUUCAUGGAGAAGUUGCAUGCGGUAGAUGAGGAGCUGGCCUCCAGUCCGGUCUGCAUGGAUUCUUUCCAGCCCAUGGAUGACAGUCUCAUUGCAUUCCGGACUCGCUCUAAGAUGCCUCUGAAAGAUGUUCCCCUGGGGCAGCUAGAGGCAGAGCUCCAAGCUCCAGACAUCACCCCAGACAUGUAUGACCCCAAUACAGCAGAUGAUGAGGACUGGAAGAUGUGGCUGGGGGGACUUAUGAAUGAUGAUGUGGGGAACGAAGAUGAGGCAGACGACGACGACGACCCCGAGUAUAACUUCCUGGAGGACCUGGAUGAGCCGGACACCGAGGAUUUCCGCACCGACCGGGCCGUGAGGAUCACCAAAAAGGAAGUUAAUGAACUGAUGGAAGAGCUGUUUGAAACUUUUCAAGAUGAGAUGGGAUUCUCCAACAUGGAAGAUGACGGCCCAGAGGAGGAGGAACGUGUGGCUGAGCCUCGGCCUAACUUUAACACCCCUCAAGCCCUACGGUUUGAGGAACCACUGGCCAACUUGCUAAAUGAGCAACAUCGCACAGUGAAGGAGCUACUUGAGCAGCUGAAGAUGAAGAAAUCUUCAGCCAAGCAGCAGCAGGAGGUAGAGAGGGUUAAGCCCCAGAGUGAGAAAGUUCAUCAGACUCUGAUUCUAGACCCAGCACAGAGGAAGAGACUCCAGCAGCAGAUGCAGCAGCAUGUUCAGCUCUUGACGCAAAUUCACCUUCUCGCCACCUCCAACCCCAGUCUCAGUUCGGAGGCCAGUACCACCAGGAUAUUUCUUAAAGAACUGGGAACCUUUGCUCAAAGCUCCAUCGCCCUUCAUCAUCAGUUCAACCCCAAGUUUCAGACCUUAUUCCAACCCUGUAACCUGAUGGGAGCUGUGCAGCUCAUUGAAGACUUCAACACACAUGUCAGCGUUGACUGGAGUCCCCGUAAAACUGUCAAGAAGACUGCCUAUGAAUUUCCCUGUUUGCCAAAGCAAGUGGCUUGGGUCCUAGCCACAAGCAAGGUUUUCAUGUAUCCAGAGCUGCUUCCAGUGUGUUCUCUGAAGGCAAAGAAUCCCCAGGAUAAGAUUUUCUUCACUAAGGCAGAGGACAAUUUGUUAGCUUUAGGACUGAAGCACUUUGAAGGGACCGAGUUUCCUAAGCCUCUAAUCAGCAAGUACCUUCUCACUUGCAAGACUGCGCACCAGCUGACGGUGAGGAUCAAGAACCUCAACAUGAACAGAGCCCCUGACAACAUCAUUAAAUUUUAUAAGAAGACCAAGCAGCUGCCCAUCUUAAUGAAGUGCUGUGAAGAGAUCCAGCCACAUCAGUGGAAGCCACCUGUAGAGAGGGAAGAAUACCGGCUUCCAUUCUGGUUAAAGGCCAGCCUGCCGUCCAUCCAGGAGGAACUGCAGCGCAUAGCUGAUGGUGCCAGAGAGGUGGGAAAUGUGACCGGAGCCCCUGAGAUCAGCUCAGACUCAGGCCUAGGAAAAGGCAGCUCUGAACUGGGGAGUGAAACUCGGUAUCCACUGCUACUGCCUAAGGGUGUAGUCCUGAAGCUAAAGCCAGUUGCCAACCGUUUUUCUAGGAAGGCCUGGAGACAGAAGCGGUCAUCAGUCCUAAAGCCCCUCCUUAUCAGACCCAGCCCCUCCCUACAGCCUAGCUCCAGCUCUGGGAAAACACCAGCGAGGUCAACUCAGUCCGAAGCCCCUCCGAGCAAAAUGGUGGUCAGGUUUCCUCACAUGAUCCAGCCGGCCCCUGUCUUACAGACAGUGCCAGGUGGCCCCGCGCCGGGGGUCCCUGGGGGUGAUAGUUCUGAGUCUGCAACGGCACUGCCUGCCGCGCGCCCUGAGGCCAGGACCAGCUUUCCUCUGCCUGAGCCCCAGGCGCUGCUCUCCUCUGCUCCUGUGCCCAAGGUGAUGCUGCCCUCGCUGGCUCCUCCUCAGUUUCGAAAGGCCUGUGUGAAACGGAGAGCCUCAAAGAGAAGGGGGGCCAAGGCCUCUCUCUGCCUGAAGCCUGCGCCCCUCAUCCACCCCGCGCCUGUUAUCUUCACUGUUCCUGCCGCCACCGUGAAGGUGGUGAGCCUUGCCAGUGGCUGCAACGUGAUCCAGCCUGUCAGUGCAGCUGUGGCCCAGACUCCUCAGACCAUUCCCAUCACCACCCUCUUGGUUAACCCUACUUCCUUCCCCUGUCCGUUGAACCAGCCCCUUGUGGCCUCCUCCAUCCCACCCUUAAUUGUUUCUGGCAAUUCUGUGAAUCUUUCUGUACCGUCCACCCCUGAAGAUAAAGCCCAAGUGAGUGUGGACAUAGGUUGUCCUUUGGCUGAGGGGAAAAAUGCCUUUCAAGGCCUAGAACCCAAAUUAGAACCUCAGGAACGAUCUCCUCUCUGUGCUGCUGUCUUCCCCAAAGAGGAGCACAGCCCAGGGCCUCCACCAGCAGACAGAGGGUGCCAGGAACAGUUGUCGGAGAGCAAUGCCUUUGGCUGGACAAUUGUGAAAACAGAGGAGGGGAGGCAGGCUACAGAACCACUGCCUCAGGGCUUCCAGGAAUCUCUCAGCACUUGCCCUGAGGAUUUAGAGGAAAUGGUUAAGAUGGAACCUAAAGACCCCGGGGAGGACAUCUCUGGUGGAUCCCUGGAGCAGGACGGCUGUGAUGAAAUCAAAGAAGAACACUCUGUGGAACUGGACGCUGGCUUCCCAAGUGAGGAGUCAAGCGGAUCUAGAGAGGUGAAGAAACAGGCGGUCCUGCAGCAAGAGGAGGAGAGGAGUCAACCAGCUAAAACCCCUUCAGCUUCUCAAGAGCCUCCUGAUGAAGGAAACUCGGGAGAUAUGGGCAAAGGAUCCCCAAGGAAUGCUUCAUCCUCCACUGACCCUGAAAUGGUGCUUAGCAGCCCCCCAGGGAAGCCCGAAGACUUAUCCAGUGUUGACGGCCAGUCAGUGGGGACCCCAGCUGGGCCAGAGACUGGAGGAGAGAAGGAUGGGCCAGAGGAAGAAGAAGAAGAGGACUUUGACGAUCUUACCCAAGAUGAGGAAGACGAGAUGUCAUCAGCUUCUGAGGAAUCCGUGCUCUCUGUCCCGGAACUCCAGGAAACAAUGGAGAAACUGACUUGGCUCGCAUCUGAAAGGCGCAUGAGUCAGGAGGGUGAGUCUGAGGAAGAGAACUCCCAGGAAGAGAACUCUGAGCCUGAGGAAGAAGAGGAAGAAGAAGCAGAAGGAAUGGAAAGCGGGCAGAAAGAGGAUGAGAUGACGGAUGAAGCCAUUGGGGACCCUGCCGAGAAGCCUCCUACCACCUUUGCCUCCCCCAAGACUGCUCCAGAAGUGGAGACCAGCAAGACCCCACCAGGAGAGAGCAUCAAAGCUGCUGGAAAGGGCCGGAGCAAUCAUCGAGCUCGUAACAAGCGGGGCAGUCGGGCCCGGGCCAGCAAGGACACCUCCAAGCUGCUGUUGCUGUAUGAUGAGGACAUCCUCGAACGAGAUCCACUCAGGGAGCAGAAGGAUUUGGCCUUUGCUCAGGCUUAUCUGACCAGGGUCCGAGAAGCCCUGCAACAUAUUCCCGGCAAGUAUGAGGACUUCCUUCAGGUCAUCUAUGAAUUUGAGUCGAGCACUCAGAGGCAGACAGCUGUGGAUCUCUACAGGAGCCUGCAAAUUCUGCUCCAAGACUGGCCUCAGCUGUUGAAGGACUUUGCUGCUUUCCUGUUGCCUGAGCAAGCCCUGGCCUGUGGAUUAUUUGAGGAGCAGCAGGCUUUUGAGAAGAGUCGCAAGUUUCUUCGGCAGCUGGAAAUUUGCUUUGCGGAGAACCCCUCACACCACCAGAAGAUUAUCAAGGUCCUGCAGAGCUGUGCAGACUGCUUGCCCCAGGAGAUCACUGAGCUCAAGACACAGAUGUGGCAGCUCCUCAAGGGCCACGACCACCUACAGGAUGAGUUCUCCAUCUUCUUUGACCAUCUGCGCCCAGCAGCUAGCCGGAUGGGUGACUUUGAAGAGAUCAACUGGACUGAGGAGAAGGAGUAUGAGUUUGAUGGCUUUGAAGAAGUGGCACUGCCUGAUGUGGAAGAGGAAGAGGAACCUCCCAAGAUACCCACAGCCUCAAAGAACAAAAGAAGAAAAGAGAUUGGGGUCCAAAAUCAUGAUAAGGAGGCUGAGUGGCCAGAUGGGGCCAAGGACUGUGCCUGUUCCUGCCAUGAGGGAGGUCCUGACUCCAAGAUGAAGAAGAGCAAACGGAGAAGCUGUAGCCACUGCAGCAGCAAGGUCUGUGACAGCAGAUCCUACAAGAGCAAGGAGCCCCAUGAGUUGGUGGACAGCAGCCCGCACCGAGAGGCCAGUCCUAUGCCUGGGGCUAAGGAAGCUGGGCAGGGCAAGGACGUGAUGGAGGAGGAAGCCCCAGAGGAGCGAGAAAGCACUGAGGCAACCCAGAGCAGGACUGGCAGGAGUACCAGAAAGGGAGAGAUGCCUGUUCCAGGAUUGGCAGCGGGGAGCACUUUGCGAUCCCCUCAAGAAGUGACUUGUACAGACCAGCUCCUCUUCGAUGGUCCACCACCCUGCUCACCAGAGACUCCUCAGCUUCCCUCCAAAACUGGAACCGAGCUGUGCCCUGUUAGGAGUAACCAGGCUGGGCCUGAGGUUCUCUCCUGCCCCAAGGCAUCCCCCAGACCGCAGGAUGAGGGGGAGGGCCAGCCAGGGGGUGAGUCAGAGGCUUCCAUGCUGGUCUGGGAUGCUUCAGAAACUGAGAAAUUGCCUGGAACUGUUGAACCCCCUGCUUCCUUCCCGAGUCCUGUUUCCUCAAGGACCGGAGCCUUAGGGAGAAGACAGGUGUCUGGGAAACCAGAUACUCAAGAGAGUUGGCCGCCUUCCAGCAGAGCUGGGGUGACGACAGCAGACAGGGUGUCCCCUGUCCAUGAAUCUUCUUCAUCAGGAAUAGACACCUCAGAGACUUCUCCCAAAGGCCCUAGAGGUUUGGCUAAAGACAGUGGAACCCAGGGCAAGGGUCCCGUGGGGGAGCCGCCGCCGAAGGCCACAGAAGCCACAGUGUGUGCCAACAACAGCAAGGUCAGCUCCACGGGGGAGAAGGUGGUCCUGUGGACAAGGGAAGCCGACCGCGUGAUUCUGACCAUGUGCCAGGAGCAAGGAGCACAGGCGCAGACGUUCAGCAUCAUCUCCCAGCAGCUGGGAAACAAGACCCCUACUGAGGUGUCCCAUCGCUUUCGAGAACUCAUGCAGCUCUUCCACACAGCCUGCGAGGCCAGCUCCGAGGAUGAGGAUGACGCGACCAGUACCAGCAACACAGACCAGCUGUCUGACCACGGGGACCUUCUGUCUGAGGAAGAGCUGGAUGAGUGAGACCCUGGGAGCCUGAGGGUGUCAUCUGCACAGUAUCGAAUCCAGCAGGCACCCUGACUGGGGAGAGGGUGCCUGUACUUUGAUUGUACAACCCUUGAGCUCAUUAUGCGGAGGUGGAGGAGGUGGAGGAGCAGGGGCCAGGGACGGGCAAAGGCAGGGUUGGGUGGCCCUGCCAUCCUGUGCGUCUUUUAUGAAGACCAUAGAAAUCUACGUUGUAAAGAGCAUCGAGGGAGAGUGGGCUUCAGCUCCUUUUCUGCCUUUUUCUUUUUUUCUUCCUGUCUGAUGGUACAUAUUUAUUGUUGUGUGAUCUGAUCACAGUGUUUCUAAAUGUACUAAAUGCAUAUGUUGGUGUAGCCAGUCCCAAGACACUGAGCUCCUGCAUCCAGCAGUUUUAUUGUAAACUAGCUCUUUCCUUUUCUCGGAGCUUUAGUCCACGAGGCUGUUGCCGCCCUGGUAGCACUGGGCCAGGCUGCAUAGCUCCUGCAGCGUCUCCUCUAGGUCAUCCUGUUCCACUCCAGCGUCCAUGAAGCUGGCCCAGCGCCGCAGGUCCAGUUUGGCGAGAUCUUUGGCCACAUCUCCCAGAGCCCGGUUCAAGGCCGAAGAGGAGCAGAGGGCCCCGAGCGUGGGGAUGCUCUCCACCGCUGCGGAGGAGAGAAACGGGGGCCCUGUGAACGGACCGCUCUUCUGCCCUGGACUCUGUUGGGCACACGGGCAAGUCUGGGCCUCUGGUAGACUUGACUGUACAGUAAACUGAGUACAUUUUGUGUCCCAUCCCCUUUGUAUACCAGCACUCCAGAGGAAGAACACUUCUCUCAGGAGCCACAGAGUGAAUAAAGGAAUGUUAAA